AUGGCUAACAUGCAAACCUCCCAGACUUCCACCAACUACAAAGAAGCCUUUUCUCUGUACGACAAGCGCGGUAAUGGCCGUGUCGCCCUCGAAUCACUCGGUGACCUUCUCCGUGCCUGCGGACAAAAUCCCACCCUGGCCGAGAUCAGAGAUUUAGAGAAGAAUGUGGGCGGAGAUUUUGACUUCGAUUCCUUCAGCAAAGUCCUCAAUCGACCCGGUGGUUUCAGAGACCCUGGCGAGCCUGAGGAAUAUUGUCGUGGCUUCCAAGUGUUCGACAAAGACAUGACUGGUUUCAUUGGGGUCGGCCAAUUGCGCUACAUUCUGACCAAUUUGGGCGAGAAGAUGAGCGACGAAGAAGUCGAUGAGCUCCUGAAGGCCGUCGAUACCAGCAGUGGUGAGAUCAACUACAUGGAACUUGUGCGGACCAUUCUUGCAAACUAG